UGCGAUCCAAAGCCAUUGAAAAAGCAAGCAUAUCUCUCUGCUUUCGUCUACAAUAAACCUCUCUUUUGUUUUCUACCUCUUGUUCUUUCUACCUCGUCAAUUCCCUGAGAGUCUGGUCGGCAACGCGUGUGAGCACAGUCUACAUAAAUCUCUUAUUAACACUCUCCUCCAAACUUCCAUUCUCACUUGACUGAAAUCAGAUUUUGGUUGGUUUCAUACAUUUUUGGGAGGACCCAAAUCUCUUGAUUCACUUGUUUAAUUGGCUGAAGAGAGGAAGAUUACGAGAAUCUCGAUGAUUACAGUGAUGGAUUCAUUGAAAGAACAGAGAAGGAAGCCACAAAAGUGCUUAGAUUCUCAACUAUGGCAUGCCUGUGCUGGUGGCAUGGUUCAAAUGCCACCAGUGAACUCCAAGGUCUUCUACUUCCCUCAGGGCCACGCUGAGCACGCCCGAGGGACUGUGGAUUUUGGGAAUUCUCGGAUUCCCCCAUUAAUCCCUUGCAGGGUAGCUGCAAUUCAAUACCUGGCAGACCCCGAGACCGAUGAGGUCUACGCGCAAACAAGGCUGAUUCCUUUAAGGGAUUGUAACUAUUUUGAUGAUGAUGGUGGUGUUAAUGGUAUUGAAUUUGAUGGAAUUUGUGGGGUUGAGAGCCAAGAGAAGCCGGCUUCUUUUGCUAAAACAUUGACUCAAUCUGAUGCUAACAAUGGUGGGGGAUUCUCUGUGCCACGUUAUUGCGCGGAGACUAUAUUUCCUAGGUUGGAUUACAGUGCCGAGCCUCCUGUGCAAACCAUUCUUGCAAAGGAUGUGCAUGGUGAGACUUGGAAGUUUAGGCAUAUUUAUAGGGGGACACCCCGUCGUCAUCUUUUGACAACCGGGUGGAGUAAUUUUGUGAACCAGAAGAAGCUUGUGGCUGGAGAUUCGAUUGUGUUCUUGAGGGCCGAUAAUGGGGAUCUUUGUGUUGGGAUUCGUAGGGCUAAGAGAGGUAUUGGUGGCGGAUUUGAAAGUUCAGUAGGAUGGAAUUCCACAGCCGGAAAUGGUGGUGCUCCAUUUGGGGGGUAUUCCUCCAUGUUUAUGAGAGAGGGCGAGGGUAAACAAGGAUGGAAGAACUUUAAUGGGGAUAUGAGGGGAAAGGUGAGAAGUGAGUCUGUUGUGGAAGCCGCUACACUUGCUAGCAAUUGGAAAUCCUUUGAGGUUGUUUACUAUCCCCGCGCUAGCACUCCUGAGUUUUGCGUCAAAGCCUCGUCUGUGAGGACUGCGAUGCAGAUCCAAUGGUGUUCUGGGAUGAGGUUCAAAAUGGCAUUUGAAACUGAGGAUUCCUCUCGCAUAAGUUGGUUUAUGGGGACCAUAUCUUCAGUUCAGGUUGUUGACUCCAUCCGUUGGCCUAGUUCUCCAUGGAGGCUUCUGCAGGUAGCAUGGGAUGAGCCAGAUUUACUCCAGAAUGUGAAGCGUGUUAACCCAUGGUUGGUUGAACUGGUAUCUAACAUGCCUGCAAUUCAUCUUUCGCCGUUCUCGCCCCCGAGAAAGAAAUUACGGCUUCCACAACAUCCUGACUUUGCUUCUUUCAUGAGUCAACUUCCGAUGCCGUCAUUUACUGGCAAUCCCCUCACACCCAAUAGCCCCUUAUGUUGCCUUUCUGAAAACAUUCCUACAGGCAUACAGGGAGCCAGGCAUGGUCAAUUUGGGCCUCCUUCGGAUCUCCACUACAACAAGCUGCAGUUGGGUCACUUUCCAGUUGGUUUCGAGCAGCUUGAUCAUGCUGCCCCAACAUAUGAAAUCCCAAGUGGCAACUACGUGAGAAAGACUGAAAACGACGAGAGAAUAUCUUGCUUACUAACAAUGGGAAAUCCCACUCAUAUCUCGAAGGAAAACAAUGAAACAAAGACACCUCAUUUCUUUUUGUUCGGACAACUCAUUCUACCUGAGCAGGAAACUUCUCAGAGCUGUUCUGGUGAUACUACUACCAGAAACAUUUCAUCUGACGGGAAUAUAGAGAAAAUGGUUUCUGAUGGUUCUGGUUCUGCAUUACUUCACGACGGUCCAAUGGAAAGCUCGUCAGACGAAGGCUCUCCCUGUUACAAAGAUCAUCAAAAGGCUGAUCUUGGCUUGCAGACCGGCCACUGCAAGGUGUUCAUGGAAUCGGACGAUGUUGGUAGAACCCUAGACCUUUCAGUCCUUAGUUCAUACCAAGAGUUGUAUGGAAAGCUCGCCAGCAUGUUUGGUCUCCGGAGUUCAGAGAUGAUGAGCAGUGUGCUAUACCAGGAUGCAGCAGGCACUGUUAAGCACACACGAGAUGAACCCUUCAGUGAGUUUUUGAAGAAAGCACGAAGGCUAACCAUACUUGCAGAUUCAAGCAGUGACAACAUUUGAGAGUAGAGGAGGGUUUAGCAAUCACCCCAGUAAUUGUACAGUUAGGGAAUCAUAAUUUAGUUUUAUUUUAGUUUUCAUUAGCUUAUCCCUUUUGAAUUUCAUUUCAUUUUGGAGUUAUGGGGGAAGACCCCCUCUUCAUCCAAUUUGAACAUUGUAUCAAUAACUUUUGUUAGCUAAUUAGCUUCAAUUAUUGUUUAGUUUUGCAAAAUCAUUGGUCUUAUAUUU